AUGAAGGGGAUUGUCAAAUUGCCACCGGAUUCGAGUUUACCAAGAAAAUUAUGGAACUCUUCUUUAUGUUGUGGCGACAAUCCUGUGACUACUCGUGGUCGUCGCUUACAGAUACUAAAAAUGCUGCUACUUGUCUGUAUACCGUGUAUCGUCCUAAUGGUACAAGCCAGUUUUUCCUUUUCUACGGAAUUAAAUAAAAGAUAUGCAACAGAAGCAAUUCGAAAAAAUAUCAACUGUAGCUUGACAUAUGCAUCAUUAGUUGAUCGAUUACAAUAUGAAAUUGGUUUAACGACAUUUACUAUUGGUUCAAAUCAUACUUCUGGCAGCAGUCAACAAUUAGAAAUGGCUAGGCAAUUAACCGAUAUGGAAAUUGAUACGGUAGCCUGGCCGAAAAAUACCAGUGUUUCUGGAUAUACGACGCAUUCAGAAUUUGCACAGCAACUUCGACAACGACGACAACAAGUCGAUAAUGGUACUGCCAAUAUCAAAGAACAAAUGGAGUUCUACGCUAGAUCGGACCAGAUAUUUUUAGAUUGGUUAUCGAAAACUGUCCAAAGUGCCAAUGAUAGUAAUUUAUGGAAAAUUUUAGUUGGCUAUCAAAUGCUAUCAUACGGUAAAGAAGAGAAAAGCUUAGAGCGUACCAUUGGUAUUCUAUACUAUCUUCAGGGCUAUUUAAAUACAGAUGAACAUUUAUUCUUUAUCGAAAAAUCAUCUAAAGGUAAAACAUACUUGAAUAUUUCAAAGCAGUAUUCACCAAUUAUUCGCACGAGAUUCAAUAUCACCGAUGGAAUCAAUGAAGUAAGUAGACAAUCAACUGAUCUUCAAACCCAACAGCAGUCCGUUUUAUUCAACGAAAGGCUUAUCGUACACGAUGAUGCUAAAGCUAGUUUAUGGUUUUUCAAUAUGUCAGCGUACAUGAAUGAUUUAUACAUGAUUCAGACACAAGUUGGACAUCAAAUUAUUAAUGAUGCGAUCAUGAUCAAUCGAGUAGCCGAUGUUGAUCUAGCCUUAUCAGCAUUUUUACUUGUGGUUGUAUUAUUUACAUGUCCUAUUUUAGUUUAUUUGAUUUCUCGACUAACGACUAAUAUGCAGCUAUUCGCCAAACAAUUAGCCGACAAAACCGGUGAAUUAGAAUACGAACGAAAACGCACCGAUGAUUUAUUGCAUCAGAUGUUACCACCGCCAGUUGUAAAACGACUGAAACAAGGAAAGCCGGUCUUAGCCGAAACUUUUGAAGAUGCUACUAUAUUUUUCAGUGAUAUCGUUGGUUUUACCUACAUAUGUCAUAGUAGUUCAGCUUUAGAAGUUGUUGAUAUGCUAAAUUUGUUAUAUGGAGUCUUUGACGCAAAGAUUGAAACUUUCGACGUUUACAAGAUUGAAACUAUUGGCGAUGCUUAUAUGGUUGUUUCUGGUGUGCCGAAACGAUUAGAUAACCGAUUACACGCCAAAGAAAUAGCCGACAUGGCGCUAGAAUUACUAAAAGCAGUCAAGGACAUGAGAGUGCCGCAUAUGAAAGACUUCAAGAUUCACCUUCGAGCUGGAAUACACACAGGUCCAUGUGCUGCCGGAGUAGUCGGAUGCAAGAUGCCUAGAUAUUGUUUAUUUGGAGAUACAGUCAACACAGCAUCCAGGAUGGAAUCAAACGGCCAAGCUUCGAGAAUUCAUAUAAGUAAAGUAGCAUUUGAUGCUCUUGAAUAUAUUGGUGGAUACGAAACGAAAUCAAGAGGAUCCUUGAAUAUUAAGGGUUUAGGUGAGAUGGAAACAUUCUGGCUUUUAGGAAAAUUAGGAAGUAUUUAA